CAAGCUGGGGCUCGGCUUGAGCUCCACACCUUGAUUGUAAUUCAGACCGUUGAAUAGUUCAUUGUCUCUACGAGUCUCCAACUAGACGACCAAAAUGUCAAGUAAAAAAGGAAAGAAGACUAAGGGAAUAACUGUCCCACUUCAAGAUUUUUUGGAAAAUACUCCAUCUGUGUCUAUUCCUGCCAAAAUUAAUUGGGCAGAUGAUCAAGAGGAUGAUUAUCCUUACAUGUCAAGACCUAAAGAACCUGUUGUAUUGCCAACUGCACCAAGAGCAGCUCGCGAUGCAACUGUCAAUGAUGAAAGUAUUCCAACAAAUCCUCCUUAUGUGGCUUACAUAUCCAAUCUCCCUUAUGAUGUUGAUGAGGAAGAUUUGCACGAAUUCUUUGCAGAAAUGACGGUGUCCGGUUUACGUCUUCCUAGAGAUGGGAACAAAUUCAAAGGUUAUGGUUACAUUGAGUUUGCAGAUAGACAGAGCUUGAAGGAUGCCCUGAGCAUAGUUGAUACAAAUUUGAAAGGCCGACGCAUCAGAAUCGAAGUGUCCAACAAUGACGAUCGAAGAGGUGGCCGAAUGGGUCGAAUGGGUGAUCAACGACGGGAGUACAGCCCAGAGCGCACCUCAGGCAACUGGCGUACGGAUAGAGUUAACGAUGGACCGCGUGAUGACGAUCGCGAUGGAGAUCGAGGUGGCUACAGAAGUCGAAACUAUGAGCGCCGAGACGAUAAGGACAGUGGUUUUGAAGACACCAAGUCCAACUGGCGCGAAGGCCCCAGAGAUUUUCCUGAGAGAUCGAAGCCGUCCUUCAGAGACGCGCGAGACAGCAGACCUGGCCCCGAUGAUGACCGAGAUCGUGGCAUGGGUAGCAGGUUCUCUGAUCGUACAGGUUCAAGAGGGAUGCGAGAUGGUAGAGAUAACAGAGAUGGCAGAGAUUUCAGAGAUGCUAGAGAUGGUAGAGAUGGUAGAGAUGGCCGCGAUUUCAGAGAUGGUAGGGACGGUAGUAGAGAAAGGGAUGGCGAGAGAAGUGGAGGUUAUGGAAUGAGACGUCACUUCAAUGAUGAUACAGACAGGGAGAGAGAAAAGGAUCGCUGGAGCAGCGUUAGAAACCAAGCAAGCCAACCAAGAGAGCCUCUUGGUAACGACGAAGGACCACCAGCUCCUGCAACUAGACCCAAGUUAGAGCUGAAGCCACGUUCUAAGCCACUUGAAACUGUUACUAUAUCUCAUCAAUCUGAUGAAAAGAAUAGUUCAGAUGCUCCUCCACCCAAAUCCUCGGCAAACAUUUUUGGUGCUGCCAGGCCUGUGGAUACUGCAGCCAAGGAACGUGAAAUUGAGGAGCGCCUUGCCAAGUUGGCUGAGACAGAAGUCAAAGAAAAACGUCCGCCUAGAGACGGAGCAUGGGGUCGUCGCAACGGGGAGGGUGGUCGUUUGGAACAAGAUAGACCAAGUCGACCAACUUGGAGAUCACGUCCUGAUGGGAAUGAUCAACGUGAUCAUCGAGAUUAUAGGGACUUAAGAGAUGCCCAGAAAUCGAGAGAAUCCAGUAAGCCAAGAAGCGAUUCACGAGGGUCGUCUUCUAGUCGUGGUGGGCCAGUACUACCUCGAGGGCCCUCAAAACAAUUCGAUAACCGAUCCCCACCGGACGGAGCAGAAAAAGAUAAAAAGAGAGUUGAACUUACUGAUGAAGAAAUUAUUAGCAGAAUGCCAAAGGUUAAGGAAGAUGUUGUACCGAAUAUCGUAGCUUCCAACAAAUAUUCGAUGCUGCCAGAUGACAUUGAUCCGGAUAAUCAAGAUUAAGCAAAUUGCUCAUCGCUCAUGGUCAAAUACGUCAAAAUUUGUCGUGACUGUUGAAUAAAAUUGAACAAGAAAAUAUCAAAUGAGCGCAUACUAUAGAAAUUAACUUUUACAUACACUUGGAAUAAAAAAAUAAUAAUUGUCCGAUGCAAUUCUAGCGAUAUCUAGGAAUUGUUCAUUCUUGGAUCUCCAGAAUAACUGUUAAUGAUUUGUAUUUGAUUAGUAUAACUAUUUUAUUAUUCUUAACGCGAUUACUAUUAUAAUUAUAAUUAUAUCUGUUUUGUCGAAAUACAUGCAAAAUGAAGCCAACGCAGAUAUAACAUUUGUACUUUGGACUGAAAUUAUGUCACAAUAAGAUUUAUUAAAUGUAUAUUAAAAACAAAUUAAAGUCAACGAAUGAUACGAGGAAAAAA